AUGAGUGUUUCACCCACCACUCCUCGAUCUUCUUCACAGACUCCGCAGGGACUUCCAGAUAUGCCGAAGCACUGGAAGGUUCCGGAGGACGACGGCACUUUGCUAUCAAGCAUCAGAAUACUUGCGUUUCGUGUACUCUGCCUCGUCUCGAUCGCUCGUCCCUCCCUCGGCGUUCACUGUUGGCUUUCCAAGAAUGACGAGAAAGAGUGGGGGAAACAUCGAAAAAUGGUUUGUGUGUUUGCUUGGGAUCUCACUGUUAUCGCCGUGUAUGAAUCUUGUGAUAGAGAGUGGACUUUGAAGGCCCUCACCUCUGCUCGCGUCGCUUCCGUAUUGCAUGUCCCAGCACCCAUGAUCACUGGCCUGACGUCCGGCGUUUGGUUCAUCCGGUUAAUCGUCUACCUCGAAGUCGCAUGCUGGAUAUGGAUACCGAUCGGUGUCGUAGCUAUGAAGGUGGAGAAUCAUGAGGAUCGUGAGGCGAAAGCAAAACUAUCUCGAGUGAAAGUGGAGGCACCUCCAAAGUUCGAAGGAAUGAGAAUGCAAUUUGAGCGAAAAGCCCUACAGCUUGGUAGAAAGGAAGGGUCGAAAGAGAAAUCGCACAUAGGAGACGAGAAGCCUGAAACAGGCAAGAAAGCCCGAUUUCUGAUUGUACAGCCUCAAUACAUCGUUGCUUCAGAAUCCUUAUUCCACCUUCACGAGGUGACAACAAUGCAAAUCCGAAGUGGUCACAUGUCGCAACAUGCAGAUAGGAUCGCAUCUUCACGCGAGGAAGCGCACGGUGACGAUUCCAUUCUCCAUCUUCGUAUGGAAAGCCUCAGCCUCGAUGCAAUUACCAUAAUCUAG